AUGGCCAAGAUUCGUUCUUCCCCGCCAUGGCCUGCUGAAGCGUGGGCAAAAGCAAAGGAGGCAUACAGCAGGAACGGACAUUUCGGGCCAAAAAUUUCCUAUAUCAUCAUAAUUUCCAGAUCGGGGCCUUACACCUCCGCAGAAAAACUUCAACUCGCUAUUGAAUCGUCUACCGCUUUAGAACCACAAUGGGUACACAUAGGUUAUCUGGGCCAAAAAGAAGAAGACACCAGCUCCGAGAAGGUCCUAGUUUGUGAAAUCGAACCAGCAGAAUGGCGCCGAAUUUCGAAGACUGCGAAGACUCAGGGUGAGUUUGUUUGGUAUGGUGGGAAGAUAAGGCUUUCAUACGUCGUUGGUCCACUUGGCUCUCGUUCUGAAGUCCCAGCCGAAUCCCAAUGA